AACCGCGUGUUCCCAUGGUUUCUUACUCUAGGCAGGAAUUGGCAGGAAUGUUGAGAGUGCAUUAGUUAUUUGUUGAUAAUUAUUCGAAGAUUUCGACACAGAAUGGCUGGAACCAGUACUAGUAGCGAUGUGCCACAGUUGCAGAUCAGAUUCAUCACUAAGCAGGAAUGCUAUGCAGUUCCAGACUAUCCUCUCUCAGUUCCUGCUCCCAUCACUCCAGAGGACUUAAACACGCUCUUGAACACUCUCCUUCGAGAAACCGUCAAUCUCUCCGCUUCAAUCUCCUUCGACUUUCUCGUUUCCUCCGAGUUUCUUCGCUCGCCCCUCUCAACUCAUAUAAGCGACCGUGGUCUCUCCACCGAGGACGUUAUCCUCAUCGAAUACCUAGAGAAACACCCACCCCCAGAGCCCCAGAACUGCCUCCUCCACGACGACUGGGUAGCCUCAGUGGCAGUAGCUGAAAAAUGGAUAUUGACAGGUUGUCGUAACACCCAAAUUAUCGUAUAUAGUACCACAAGAGCUUUAAAAUUGUUAGGUAUUUCCCAAUAGGUUCGUUACAAACAAACGAAGGAGUCAAGUUUUUAAGAUUAACCAAUCACGAGUGCGAAGCACGAGUAAAAUUUAAAAUUUUAGGUAAAUGCGUGAAAAAACAUGUUCUUUCGAAGGAAGAAAUUUAUUUUCAAUUCGAUGUGGUGGAACAAUAAAUUUACGCAUAAUUUCGAGGAAAAAAGUGAUCUUAAGUAAUCUUAUGUAAUAUUUUUUGUAAAAUUGUAACUGUAGCCGUCAGAUUUACUUGAAAAGGAAAUAGAAAAAAACUUCCAUCUGAAGAUUCUCCACUAUUAACAGAGUUACGAGGCUAAAAAUUUAGCCCAAUCCCAAAUUUGACCCUGAAAACCAGGACGAUAUUGGGGAGAAUCGGCCAUAUAUAUAUCAACAUGAAAAAUUAGCAGUGGAAUUAUCAAAAAUUAUCAGUUGAAUACCGUGUCGACUGUAUAAAGUAACAGUCGAAUAGUGCAAUUCUAUUAUUUCGCAGUUCAUAGAAACGUCUAGAUAUCUCUUAUUAACAAAAAAAAUUGAAUUUUUUUUUCGUGAAUUAAUCUCCUUUUUUUCUGAAAAUAUUUGUGAACUAACAUUUAGGGUUAAAAUACUGAUGAGACAUGUAGGUGAUUUUGCAAACAUUUUCGAUAGUAAUUAAUUAAUUAAAUAAUUACCACUCCCCUUAGCUUUGUAGAUAUUUUAUGCAGAUAGUCAACAAACAAAUGGAAAUAAGUUUCUGACAGACUUUCUGGCAGAUUCAGGCGCGACCGAGCAGUUAACAAAUUCUAGGAUUAUAUUUAAAAUAUUCAAUGAAUUAGAUUGUUGAGUAAUUAGGUGUGCGAAUAAAAAUGAGUCAGCGGACUUAGAAACGGAGGGAGCAGGAAAAAUAGAAAUUGAAC